GUUGUCUAAUGUGUAAAGAUGUAUCUGCAAAAUCUAAAGUCAUCUUUGCAAAAAAAGGAAAAUUAUGUAAUACAGUAAUUUGCAAGUUUUUGCAUGUAUUAACUGGGCAUGUCCUUGGAAAGUAGCUUUAUUAAUUCACACAUGAAAAGUUGGAUAAACAUUUCUCUAGCUGACAAGACGAGAACAUUUCAACAAUGAGCACUUCAGGAAAGAUUAUAAAAUGCAAAGCGGCUGUGGCUUGGGCCCCAAAUCAGCCACUGGUGAUUGAGGAGAUCGAGGUGCAACCACCAAAAGCAGAAGAAGUUCGUAUUAAGAUGGUGAGCACCGGAAUAUGUCGGACAGAUGACCAUGCAAUCUGUGGUGAAUUUCCAGGGUUGAAUUAUCCUGUUAUUUUAGGCCACGAGGGAGCUGGAAUAAUUGAAAGUGUUGGAAAAGGAGUAACUGGAUUAAAACCAGGAGAUAAAGUUAUUCCACUCUAUCUUCCGCAGUGCAAAAAGUGCAGCUCUUGUCUUAAUGAACAGAGUAAUUAUUGCUUAAAAUCACACUUCAAUGAACCACAGACUGUACUGCUUGACAAGACAUCAAGGUUUUCAUGCAAGGGAAAGGUUGUGGAUCAUUUUGUAUGGACCAGCACCUUUUCAGAAUAUAUUGUAAUGCCUGCUGGGGCUGUUGCGAAGAUUGAUGACAGAGCACCCAUGGAGAAGGCCUGUCUUUUUGGAUGUGGUUUCCCCACUGGAUAUGGAGCAGCCGUCAAUACUGCCAAGGUGGAGCCUGGUACUACUUGUGCUGUAUUUGGAUUGGGUGCCAUUGGGCUGUCCGCCAUUAUUGGAUGUAAAGUUUCUGGAGCAUCAAGAAUUAUUGCUAUAGAUAUAAACAGCAGCAAGUUUGAAAAGGCAAAGCUGUUUGGAGCCACUGACUGCAUCAAUCCUAAAGAUUUUAGCAAGCCAAUCCAGGAGGUGAUCAAGGAAAUGACAGGAGAUGGAGUGCAUUAUUCGUUUGAAUGUAUUGGCAGUACAGAAGUUAUGAAAGCAGCACUGGAGUGUACUCAUCCAGGAUAUGGAACCAGUGUGGUAAUAGGAGUAGCUCCCCCGGGUGCAAAAGUCACAUUCGAUCCUCUUCUGCUUCUUACAGGACGCACAUGGAAAGGCAGUAUAUUUGGAGGUUAUAAAAGUUUGGACUCGGUACCCCGAUUAAUUUCUGACUACAUGGCAGGCAAAUUUGACCUGGAUGGUUUAGUGACCCAUACUUUGCCUUUUACCCAAAUAAAUGAAGGGUUUGAACUUCUGAGAGCUGGAAAAAGCAUCCGCACAGUCUUAUUAUUCUAAAUUGAAGGCUUUUCAUGGAGAAGUGUAAUUUCGAAUGCUUACAUUUGUUUCACACAUAUGGAAGAGACAACAAUUGAUUUUAUGUAAUCUGCUGAUUUGUUCAUUGUAAAUUAGUUUGACAUAACCCAAAAUAAAAGGCUUUUAGAUAAGGUU